AUGGGGCCGGGCGUGUGCCCUCCCUGUCCUCGGGGCUGGGCUGGCGGCCCCUCGGCUUUAGGCCGUGAGCUGGACUGCCUGACGGUAGAGUCAGGUUCCUGUUGCCUUGGGGGAAGGCCGAGCUCUGUGGCUCCCGGGUGUGGACCGGCCUCCCCCUGUAAGCAGGGGUGCAGCCUCUUGGCCGCUGCCUCGCGUGCCCAGCUUCCUUUGCCCAGAGGGCCCGGCUCCCAGCACGGCGUGGGACUGCGCCGGACGUCGCGACGCAGAAGCCGCGGGACAGCGAGGAAAGAGCGAGCCGCAGGAGCGGCCUCUUCGAGCUCAAGAGUGGAUCGGCGAGGCAAGAGCCAGCCUUCGGCAUUGGCGGCCUCGAGCUCAGAAGCGCAGCCGCAAGAAGCCGUGGGACGACGAGGCAAGAGCGGCGGCGUCGUCUUGGAGAUCAAGAGCGAGGCACAGGAGCCGAAGAGGGACGCGAGGGGCCCUCUGGGCAAAGGGCUUUUUCCAGGCCAGGGCACCUUCAGGGUGCGGCGGCCGGCUUUGCGCUGGGCGACCUCCCUGCGUGCAGGGCUGGUCCUUGCUGUGCUUGGCCUUUUGCCUCGUGCUCCUUUGGCUGCCCGGAGAGAGGGGCGACCCUGUAAAGGAGGGCGUGAGAGCCCCUGUCUCCGCACCGCAGGGGGGAAACGGAGCUCUCCCGGCCCCCAGCCCAGCUACCCUGUAAGCAGGGCAGGGCUUUUCCCCAACCCCGGCAGCUUGCUGCCUGCUGCUGGCCCCUGGCCAGCGUGCCCCCCUGUGCUCGGGGCGUGUCACAGCCUGUGUCCCUGGUGCCGGUCCUGAGGCGCUUCAGCGCGUCGAGGCCCCUGUGGCCUCCUCUCAGUGCAGGGGCAGGUCUGAC